GCGCGGCGAGGAGUGGAUUAGGGGAGGAGGGAAGACCGGAAGCCACGGUCGCGUCCCCAUCCUUAGAUUUGCUCCCCAGGACUGGGAGUGGAGACGGAGGAGGAGGGAGAGGCUGAAUGUUGGCUCCGUGAUAAAGGGGAGCGGCCGCUCCGGAGCCUCCUGCCGGGGCGCCCUCCUCAUCCCGCGCACUCUCCGCACGCACCCGGCUUCUGGGCGCGCGGCCCACGGGGACAGCCGGGCCGCGCAGACCUUCGCUGAGGAGGCGCUGCCCGCGACGGGGACUGGCCGGCGGAGUCCGAGGCCCGCGCCCCGCCGCCACCCCCACCCGUUAGCCGGCCGGUCCCUCCGGCCGCCGCCAUGUCCUCUUCCUCAUCCUCCCCCAGGGAGACGUACGAGGAGGACCGGGAGUACGAGAGCCAGGCCAAGCGCCUCAAGACCGAGGAGGGGGAGAUCGACUACUCGGCCGAGGAAGGCGAGAACCGCCGGGAAGCGACGCCCCGGGGCGGGGGCGAUAGCGGCGGCGGUGGCGGCGGCCGGAGCUUCUCACAGCCGGAGGCAGGUGGAAGUCAUCAUAAAGUUUCUGUUUCACCCGUUGUCCAUGUUCGAGGACUUUGUGAAUCUGUGGUGGAAGCAGACCUUGUGGAGGCUCUGGAAAAAUUUGGGACAAUAUGCUAUGUGAUGAUGAUGCCAUUUAAACGACAGGCUCUAGUGGAAUUUGAGAACAUAGAUAGUGCCAAAGAAUGUGUGACGUUUGCUGCAGAUGAACCUGUGUACAUAGCUGGUCAGCAGGCUUUUUUCAACUAUUCUACAAGCAAAAGGAUCACUCGGCCAGGAAAUACUGAUGAUCCAUCAGGAGGCAACAAAGUUCUUCUGCUAUCAAUUCAGAAUCCUCUUUAUCCAAUUACGGUGGACGUUUUAUAUACUGUAUGCAAUCCUGUUGGAAAAGUGCAACGUAUUGUUAUAUUCAAGAGAAAUGGGAUACAAGCAAUGCUUAUGUUUGAAUCAGUCCUUUGUGCCCAGAAAGCUAAAGCAGCACUCAAUGGAGCAGAUAUAUAUGCUGGAUGUUGCACACUAAAAAUUGAAUAUGCAAGGCCAACUCGUCUGAAUGUUAUUAGGAAUGACAAUGACAGUUGGGACUACACUAAACCAUAUUUGGGAAGACGAGAUAGAGGAAAGGGUCGCCAGAGACAAGCCAUUUUGGGAGAACACCCUUCUUCGUUUAGACAUGAUGGCUAUGGAUCCCAUGGUCCAUUAUUACCUUUACCAAGUCGUUACAGAAUGGGUUCUCGAGAUACACCUGAGCUUGUUGCCUAUCCGUUACCGCAGGCAUCUUCCUCUUACAUGCAUGGAGGAAAUCCCUCUGGUUCAGUUGUAAUGGUUAGUGGAUUACAUCAACUAAAAAUGAAUUGUUCAAGAGUCUUCAACCUAUUCUGCUUAUAUGGAAAUAUUGAAAAGGUAAAAUUUAUGAAGACCAUUCCUGGUACAGCACUGGUAGAAAUGGGUGAUGAGUAUGCUGUAGAAAGAGCUGUCACACAUCUUAACAAUGUCAAAUUAUUUGGGAAAAGACUUAACGUUUGUGUGUCUAAACAACAUUCAGUUGUUCCAAGUCAAAUAUUUGAGCUGGAGGAUGGUACAAGUAGCUACAAGGAUUUUGCAAUGAGCAAAAAUAAUCGCUUUACAAGUGCUGGCCAAGCAUCUAAGAAUAUAAUCCAGCCACCCUCGUGUGUGCUGCAUUAUUAUAAUGUUCCAUUGUGUGUCACAGAAGAGACCUUCACAAAGUUGUGUAAUGACCAUGAAGUUCUUACAUUCAUCAAAUAUAAAGUGUUUGAUGCAAAACCUUCUGCCAAAACACUUUCUGGGCUGUUAGAAUGGGAAUGCAAAACUGAUGCAGUAGAAGCCCUCACAGCACUAAAUCACUACCAGAUAAGAGUUCCAAAUGGUUCCAAUCCCUAUACAUUGAAGCUUUGCUUUUCUACAUCAUCCCAUUUAUAAGAAGAGAAGAGCAUGUUAGAAUUUAUGUUUACCUUUAUUACAACUUCAAAGCUACACUUCAUUUUAAAAAAGAACUAAAAUGGUUCAUCUAAUGUUGCCUUGCUUACUUUGAUUCAAUAUCCUGUCCUGUAAUAAAUAUUUUGCCUUGAGUAAAUUUGUUGUAAACUUAAAUAUUGAAUU